AUGCACGAACCAGUUACUGGUCAGGUGUAUGCUAUUUACUAUCCAAUUCUUGCCGCCAUCGGUAUUCCGGUUAACAUCCUGGCGAUUGUGAUCCUGAACCGGAGAAACUGUGGUCUCUCCAAAUGUAUCACUCACUACCUGGUGUCUAUGGCAGCGGCGGAUCUAAUGGUUGUCAUCACCUGUGUUGUAUUUAAUCGGAUCAUUGAUACUUACUUUCCCGGCAAUUAUAUGUUACUCACUCCAGCGUGUCGGGCCAGAACUGUCCUAGUCUAUGCAACCAGAGACAUCUCUGUCUGGUUAACCGUCGCAUUUACCUUUGAUCGUUUCAUAUCCAUUUGCUGUCAGCAGUUGAAAACUACAUAUUGCACCAAGAAAGUGGCAGCUGCAAUUGUAGGCACGGUGUUUACCCUGAGCUGUUUAAAAAACAUUCCCUGGUAUUUCGUAUAUGACUCUCUCUAUAUAUUUAAUAAAUUGCCAUGGUAUUGCCUGAUCACACCAAAUUUUUAUAUAUCGCCCUUUUGGUUAGCCUAUUCUUAUUUCGACUGCAUUGCGACUCCUUUCCUGCCAUUUUUUAUCAUUUUGCUGCUCAAUGCCCUGACCGUGAGAUAUAUAUUAGUGGCCAGCAGGGUGCGCAGGGUGUUGCGGGGCAGCGCCGGCUCUGACAAUAAUCCUGAUCCUGAGAUGGUCAACCGGAGAAAAUCCUUCAUCUUACUCUUCAGCAUAUCUGGAAACUUUCUGAUCCUGUGGCUGACGUACACGAUCCAUUACUUGUAUUAUCGAAUUACUGAUACCUAUUCUUACACGGGUUACAAUGACCCAGUUUACAUCCUUCAGGAAACCGCUUAUAUGCUCCUGCUUUUGAGCUGCUGCACGAACACGUUUAUUUAUACAGUGACCCAGACUCAGUUCAGAGCAGAGCUAACGAAAAUGGUCAUGUACCCAGUGAAUCAAAUUGUUUCCUUUUUGACCCAUUUGAAGAGCUGGAUUGGCUGA